UUAAUUGCACACUUAUUAAUCAAGAUAUUCAUCCUUUUCCACUAUUGUUCAACGAAACUUCUCUUACCCUUAACCACACGGGGCAAAGUGUGUGUGUGUGUUUGAAACUAUAUAUAAUACAUUAGUUUCACAUAAUGUAAUUUCAUUAGAAAGAGCAAUGAAAAUAACACUAGUUUUAUUCCUUCUAUGCUACUACUACUUCAUAUAUAUCACUCAUGCCUCUCCCGAUAGUCUUUGUCCUGUGGAUCAACAAAAUUGUGUUUGUCUUGAGGAUCAACAAUCUUUGUUGCUCCAAUUCAAGAACAAUCUCACAUUUGAACCUGUAAAUUCAAGACUAUUGGAUUGGAAUAAUAGCACUAAUUGUUGUGAUUGGAGUGGUGUUCGAUGCGACUACGAGGGGCAUGUUAUUAUACUAAACCUUUUUGAUGCAGGACUCAUCUCUGGUGGAUUUAACAAUUCAAGUAGUCUUUUUAGUCUCCAACAUCUCCAGAUACUGGACUUGUCGUAUAACAAUUUCAAUUCUUCCUUUCCAUCAGGAUUCACCAAGCUGGAGAAGUUAACAGCAUUAGGUCUUUCUAACUGUCAUUUUCAUGGAACACUUUCCAAUUCAAUCUCAAACCUCACACACCUUACCAACAUAGACCUGUCCGAGAAUGAUUUGAGUGGUGCAAUUCCUUCAUCCCUUUUUACACUUCCAUCAUUAGAGGAGAUUUACCUUGAAAACAACCAGUUUAGUAAACUAGAUGAAUUCUUCAAUGUCUCUUCCUUUGUAUUAAACACCCUUGAUUUAAGUAACAAUUAUCUAUUAGGGCCUUUACCAAUAUCUAUCUUCCAACUAAGAUCGCUCACUUUCCUCGAUCUUUCCUUUAACAAGUUCAAUGGGUCAAUUCACCUAGAUAAGUUAUUUCUUAAAGGGAAUCCAAUAAAUGUUGAACCUUCUUCCAUUCCAAAACUAAACACCCUAAAUUUGGUAUCCUGUAACUUGAAAAAGUUCCCUAGUUUCUUGAUAAACCUAUCAACAUUGGCCUUUCUAGACCUUUCAAAUAACCAAAUUCAAGGAGUACUUCCCAAUUGGAUUUGGAAACUACAAAGUCUUAAAAAACUUAACAUUUCACACAAUUUGCUCACAGAAUUGGAAGGGCCUCUAACAAAUCUAACUUCCAUCCACGUGUCCAUGGUUGAUAUUCAUAACAACCUACUACAAGGACCAAUACCUGUUUUCGCUGAAUCUGCUGACUAUUUGGAUUACUCAAUGAAUAAAUUCAGCUCUGUUAUCCCGCAAGAUAUUGGUAUUUACCUAACAUUCACAAUUUUUCUCUCUCUUUCACACAAUAAUUUGCAUGGAAGUAUCCCUGAUUCAUUAUUCGUAGAUCCAAUAAAUCUUAAUGUGCUUGAUCUUUCCUUCAACAACUUUUCUGGAUCAAUUCCCUCAUGUUUAAUGACAAUGACUGAGACCCUUAUGGUAUUAAAUUUGAGGAGGAAUAGUCUGCAAGGCCAAAUACCAGAUAAGUUUUCAACUUUAUGUGUUUUAAAAACUUUGAAACUUAAUGAAAAUUUAUUACAUGGACCAGUUCCCAAUUCUCUUGCCCACUGCUAUGAAUUAGAGGUACUAGACAUCGGAACAAAUCAGAUUGAUGGUCGUUUUCCAUGCUUUCUGCAGAACAUACCAACACUUAGUGUCCUUGUAUUACGGAACAACAAAUUUCAUGGUACCUUGCGGUGUUCAAAAGCAAAAAAUCCAUGGAAAAUGAUUCAAAUUGUGGAUAUUGCUUUCAAUAAUUUUAGUGGUAAACUACCAGAAAAAUAUUUCAGGACCUCGAAAAAAAUGAAGGAUGACGAUGAUAAUGUUGAACCAGACAUUAUCCGCUUUAGGAUAGCUUUUGAUGCAUAUUAUCAGGAAAGUGUCACAGUUAUGAGUAAAGGUCAACAGAUGGAGUUGGUAAAAAUUCGAAAAAUCUUUAAAGCCAUUGAUUUCUCAUCCAAUCACUUUGAAGGACAAAUCCCAGAAGAUCUAAUGGAUUUGAAAGCACUCAUUGUUCUCAACUUGUCAAACAAUGCUUUCUCUAAUGAAAUCCCAUCAACUAUUGGGAACCUGAAACAGUUGGAGUCUUUAGACCUGUCAAAUAACUCUUUGGUUGGUGAAAUUCCUAUGCAACUUGCAAGCUUGUCGUUCCUUUCUUAUUUGAACCUUUCCUUCAAUCAUUUGGUUGGGAAGAUCCCAACAGGUACUCAACUACAAUCAUUUCAAGCUUCUUCCUUUGAAGGAAAUUAUGGGCUAUAUGGUCCUCCCUUGACCGAAAUACCAAAUGGUACAAGGCCGGAUGAGGUGCAUCCACAACCAACAUGUGGAAGGUUAGCCGGUUCAAUUGACUGGAAUUUUUUAAGUGUGGAGUUGGGACUUGUUUUUGGUCUUGGAAUCAUCAUUGGUCCUAUCAUGUUUUGGAAGCAAUGGAGGGUAAGGUACUGGAAAUUUGUGGACAAAAUUCUUUGUUGGAUGUUUUCAAGGAUGUAUCUUGAAUAUGCAACUGACAGAGGACAAACAUACACAGUUUUAAGGUGGGGAUAAAAAUUAAUAGUGCUAGUAAUUGUGAUAAUUAGUAAAAUAUUGUUUUGUAUUUUCAUUGAUGUUGUUCUUUGUGUUUACUUAUAAUUUAUGAUGAUAUGUAUUGGAACUUUGAAGGUACCUUCAAUUUAUGGUAUGAAGUGCAUUGGGUGUUGUGGUGAUAGUGUUUCAUUACAAAUAAAAAGAGAUUAAUUAUGAUGAUGAUUUUGUUUGAGCUUGAUUAUAGAUUA